GUGAAUGGUUGGGAAUGGAUCCUAUUGAAUUGGAAACGAGAAUUCAGAGCAGUAUUUUAAGUGAUGAGCCCCUUUCAGCUACAAUCAAUGGAAAGCUUGGAGACGCCAAUAAUUGUUCAGGGGUCAUCGAAGACAACUACAUUCUAAAUGUCGAGCAGGGCAAGACAUAUCUCUUACGGAUAGUAAACGCUGCGCUCCACUCAGAGUACUACAUGAAAAUCGCUGGGCAUACCUUCAUAGUGGUCGCUGCAGAUGCCAAUUAUGUGAAACCAUACACCACAGAUACAAUUGCAAUCGCGCCAGGUGAGACGGUGGACGCUCUGCUAGUUGCCGACGCAUCACCUGGCAGGUACUACAUUGUGGCGAACAGCAAGUCAAUGAGAGUGAAAACAAGAGGGAUUGUGUACUACAAUCCAAGCAAAAGAUCUGAUGACACUCAAGUAAUGGAGCCAGACAUGCCCGGUAAAGAUGAUGCAGCCGCAUCCUUCUACUUCCAUGGAAACUUGACCAGUUUGCCUCAGCCGCUUGCGCAACCGGUGCCAGCAAACGUUGAUGAGCAACUGUUCAUGGCCAUUGACACGACACACAUGUGCAGAGAAGGUGGAUCAGUCUGUGGUUUGGUGUCCCGUAUGAACAACAUCUCGUUCCAGCUUCCCCCCAGGAUACCAUUGCUCAAAGCGCACUACUACCACAAUGUGAGCAGCAGCGUAAGCACACUCCAAGAGUUCCCAAGCAUCAUACCACCUGGGUUAGUGUACAACGACGGCCAGACGUCCAAGGCGACAUCCGUGAGGAGGCUGCGGUACAACACCACAGUGGAGAUUGUAUUCCAGUGUCCUCCAGUGAUGUACAGCUACUCUAACCCUAUGCACCUCCACGGACACGACUUCUUUGUUCUCGCACAGGGGCAUGGAAAAUACGAUGCGGACAAGGAUAUGCAGACAUACAAUUUGGUGGAUCCACCCGUGAGGAACACAAUCCUUGUCCCAGUAGUGGGGUGGACUGUCAUCCGAUUCAUCGCAAGUAAUCCUGGGGUGUGGUUCUUGCAUUGCCAUUAUGAGAAGCACGCGUCGUCAGGCAUGGCAAUGGCAUUCAUGGUGGAGAACGGGCCGACAUUGGACUCCACUCUUCCACCACCUCCAAGCGACUAUCCAAGCUGUGAUGACCAAAACAAUGGUCUGGAAUUUGAGUAAUGGAAAUUAGUGUACUUAAAGUUUGAACAAAAUAUAUCAGCUUUAUGUGAUGAUAUGGUUAAUAAAUAUUUCAUGAUGAAAAGGGUUUUGUUAGCAAUAAUCACGACAUGCAUGUAUUAUAGGAGCUAUCCCAGUAGGACUAGAAGUCUUCACCAAAUAGGACUCUUAGUUAGCUAGCUUUACACCUAUCUAUGCAUGUGUACCCCU